GUUCUGUUAUUUUCGUCUAGAUAAAACAGAUCUCUGCUGUGAUCUACUGAGAAGAGACUGAGAAGAUGGCAUUGAUGGUGUUUCUAGCAGUUCUUCUCUCUGUUGUUCUGGCGAGCGGGUGCAGUAAUGAUGAAAACAUGCCGGUCGACUGUUCUGACCUUUAUAAAGCAGGACAAAAGCUCAGUGGGAUUUACUCCAUCUAUCCAGCAGGUGACUUUCCUGUCUGGGUUUACUGUGACAUGAUCUCAGAUGGGAAAGAUGAAGACAACGGAGGAUGGACGGUGUUUCAGAGGAGAAUGGAUGGCAGUGUGAAUUUCUAUCGGCCGUGGAAUCAGUACAAGAGAGGAUUUGGGAAUGUGGAGAGUGAAUACUGGCUGGGGCUGGAGAACAUGUACCAGCUGACACGUAACAGGAAAUACGUGCUGAGAGUGGAUCUGGAGGACUUCACUGGAAAGAAAGGUUUUGCUCUGUACUCGUCCUUCUCUGUGGAUUGUGAAACUGACGGGUAUAAACUGCAUGUUUCAGGAUUCAGUAAUGGAGGAGCAGGCGACUCUUUGUCCUACCACAAUGAUAUGAAGUUCUCCACCUUUGACAAAGACCAAGACACUGCUGGAGAUAACUGUGCAAAAAAGUUUCUAGGGGCAUUUUGGUAUGGAGCCUGUCACCAUGCAAACCCCAACGGUGUGUAUUUAUGGGGAGAAGAUCCCACCAUUUUCGCCAUUGGAAAUGUUUGGUACUACUGGAAGAACAAUUACGCUGUUGGUUUGAAAUUCAUCAGCAUGAAGAUCAGACGCGUGUCUUAGACCUUUGAAGAAACAUUACAGUGUUUCUCAGAAACAAACAAUCAAAUUAAGGUUUUGGGUUUCUUUUCUUCUGUUAACUGUGUAACUUAGUAAAUCAUGGUAUAUAUUGUAACAGGAUAUGUGGCUGCUGUUUUGUGUAAUCUCAUCAAUUAUUUUCUUCUUUGUUUUGUGUCACUUUUUUAAAUCUACAACUGAAGCAAAUCAACAAUAAACUUAAAUAAACUCCAGCAAUGAAAGUCA